AUGCGCCACUAGCAAUCGCCUAUCGAAAGGCACACAUGCCGGCGAAAUUGUUUCGUUUCGCAAAGAUUCUUGUUUGUUUAUUGUUUAUAAGUGAUUUCUAGAUAACCACUAGCGAACGAAAUGGAAAGACCCCUGCAGAAGCAGCUGUACGCCAUUUCGCGCGAAUCGUCUCCGGGCGUACGGAGAUAUAGCAUGCCGGCGGCUUCGGCAGACAGCACGCGAAAAUCCUUUUUUGGCGGCAACGCCAGCUGUGCCCAGUUGCCCGGAAGCCUCAAAAAGACUGCCCUGACCAACAGCCGGCUCAGCCUGUCUGUGCGCUCCACUCAAUCGAUUCCUGGCAUCCGCUCCGAUUACAAUGUGGUGGAGAGCUUUGGCUGCCCACUGCCCGUGGUGGUCAAUGAGGCUCUAACGUUUGCGGGAUCUGGAGCGGGCACAGUCACCGCCAAAGUGACCCAGAAUGGUUGGGCUUGGGUUGUCCAGGGCAGACGCCUCUUGAUUUGGCAGUACAAAGACACGGCCAAGUCGGGUUCGCCACCUCGCUUGGGCAAACCUGGUAGGCGUGGCGGUGGUUUAGCCCAGUGCCGGGAGCUGACCCUGCCCUACAGCGACCUGGGUCACAAGAGCGACUUGGUCAGCGUUUUUCAAACGGAGGGCCAGCAAAUGGCCUCCUGUAUUGCCGUUUCCGCUACCGGAGAAGUGCGCUAUUGGUCGUCCAUCGCCCACGAUGGGAACUCUGUUGAUCUCUCGAUCCUAACUGGUCAGGAGUUCGUCCAGCUGCUCAAUUUGCCAACGCAACAGGGCUAUCUAGCCGUUACCACCACCUGCAAUCUGGUUUUCCUUCGGGUGGGCCUCACCAAUGGACGUUUUACACUUCAUCAUAAGACCAUUAAGCCGGCCACUAGUUUCCUCGGUGGAUUUAGCAAGAAAUUCGCCUCCAUUUUGAUUGGCAUGAACACGGGUGGGGACAAGGAUCAGGCAUUGGUUGGCAUGUGCUGCGAAAGCAAUUCUGAAAGUGGAGAAACAGUAGUGGCCGUGCUCUCGGAUCGUGCCAUCCAGCGUUGGAGUCUGUCCAACAAAGGCAAUGCCGAGAAUCUACUAUACGAGGAUGCAGAAGUGGUGCGCAGAAUACGUGAAGAGUUCAAAACCAAAUUCUGGAAUGUCCGUUUGCCGGCGGACAAUGUGGAAAUCGAUCUGCAUCUGCUUGACUUCCACUUGGUGAAGAACAAGGCAUAUAUACUGGCUGGAGCUGUAAAUGCUGCUCAUGCUCCACAAAUGUGCUAUGCUCUGGUGACAGCCAGUGCUCAUGCGGAAAAUAUGCUCCUGGAGUCGUUCACGCCGCUAAAAAUAAACAAAUUCUUUAAUGCCAAGACCGAGGAGGAUUGUCUCAGCCUGCGCUUCGUGGUUGGCAGCAGUCACAUCUAUCUAUACUCGCCGAAGGUUGUGUACCCACUGCACUUAUCCAACUCCGUGCCCACAGCGGAGCUGGAGGCGGAGAAGAUCGAGUUCCAUCUGCAUGACGAUCGCAUUUUGAGUGCUGCCAUUUGCAAUCAAAUGCCAUUGUUCUUUAGUCGCACCCAUGGCUUGAUUUCAAUCACUCCAGGUGAUUUUGACAGUACCGAAAUGAUGAACUUGAGCUCCUGCAACACACCGGAUCUAUUCGCCCCCAAUUCGUUUAAUGCAAGCUUCGGAGCUCCCGACCAGUCUGCUCUGACUGGCAGCACCAAUAAUCUGCACCUGUUCGAGCUGGAUCCGGAUGAAAUGUACAACGAACUGAGCGACGAGGUGGGCCAACUUAAGGCAGCGUUCCUCUACCACCUUAAGCGCAACCACAACAUGGUCAAGACAAUUGUCGGAGAGCUGCUGCGCAGCGUGACUGGAGCCGAUCCGAAUGGAGCACCCAUAGAUGCCUAUAAGUUGGACAGAAUUGUCAUCACCAUUGCCGAGGACUUGGCCGAAGAUAUUCCAAUAUCCGAUCCUCGCUGGGAGGAGGCCCUUGGAGAUCAGGAAAGCAAUCGGCAUGCCAUUGGCAGUUCGCGUUCCAUGCAGAUUAUCAAUCAGUUAAGGGACAAAAUCAUUGCUUUUCAGCAUUUCAUCACAUUUCUGCAUUCCAGUGGAGUUUGGGAAAAGCUCAAUGCCAUACCUUGUGGUAGUCAUUUGCUAAAGCCCACCAGCUUCAUACUCUCCGAUAUCAGCGAAAAGAUAGUGGCUGCCAUGGCUCUACGUUCGCUGCAGACCAAACUGCCGAAGUUAAUCGAAGAGGCCAUAGAGGCCACCGUGGCGUUAUGGGAUGAGAAGCCGCAGGGCAGCCUAACCAGCCAGGAUCUAUUCUACGUUAAGCUGUCCAAGUUGCAGAACGUUUUCGAGGCCCUAGCCGACAUAGCCGACGAUCGGAUUGCGGCCCAGAGUCAGACCACCGUGUCAGUGGCCCACUUUGUCAACGACAUUAACUCCAUUGUCCUGGACACGUUGGGUCAGGUGCUUAGGCAUCGGGAGCAGCAGGCCAGUAGCUUCAGGCUGAGCAACGACAAACUGUCGUCCUACGAGAAUCUGCCCUGGACUGCGAUGGCGGGCAGUGCCGGUGUCCGCGACACUUUGACCCGCCUCAUCGACAUUAGCGUUCGGUAUGGCGGCCACUGCGUUAGCGAGACCGAGUUAAAGCAGCAGUUGUACCAGCAAAUAUUCGAACUGGUCGAUCUGGUGCUGGAUGGACGAAGAACCUACUUGGAAAGCGUGCGGGACUCUGAGAAGUUCAAUGUGCUGCAACAGCAGUUUGAGGCUCAGCGCAGGGAACUCAUCUCGUUACUAAUCAAAGAUCGACAGUAUGAGUAUGCCGCAAAACUGGCCGAAAAGUACCUGGACUUCCAGAGUCUGGUGCUGAUCUGCGAUGAGACGCAGGACAAGGAUCGCUUGGAUGACUACACCCGCAAGUACGAGGAGUUCGACUUCUCGCAAUUUGCCAUCAACUGGCAUCUGCGUCAGAACAGGCACGGCGAGAUCUUCGAGCGCUUCAAGGGCAACCAGACGGCUCUGGCGCAGUUCAUGCGCGACCAUCCGUCCCUGGGCUGGAUCCAGCUAAUAUUCAACGGCGACUUCGAGCGGGCGGCCAAGGUGCUGUACGAGCUGGGCCAAUGCGAAACGGAGUUUGUGGCGCGCAAGAAGUCAAUGCUGUCGCUGGCCAAACUGGCUGCCUUCGCAGCAGCCGAAUCCGAUCUAACCGCUCAGGUCGAGAAGAUCAAUGCAGAUCUUACGCUGGUCGAAUAUCAGUCGCAACUGGGCCAUGACGUGCUGCUAAGUUUUGGCUUCGACUCAACGGAACAAAAGGUUCUGAAAGCAGAGGAGAUAAUCAACCUCAACAUUGCCGAGGAAAAUGACACGGCCACGGAAGUGGAGUUCCGCAAAGCUCUGGAGAUUUUGAGCUACGUGGAGCAGCCCUACGAAAUGCGGCACAAGAUCUGGUGUGCAGCCAUAAAACGCGAUAACUGGACGGACUACGAUCCCAACAACGCCGUGGACUACAUGCAGAAGUUGCUCUUCUUCAGGAUCAUCGAAAUCUCGCAGUUGAUGGGCCACGAGACCGAGAACUUCUUGCCACCCAUGGAGGACUUUCUGGAGAGCGUGGAGCUGGGCGAACUGCCGCAGCAGAAACCGUUUCAGUAUCUUUUAAAGCUGACCUACGAGUAUGUGGCCGACAUGUUCAGGCAGCCACACGAUAUGGAGCUCUAAUCGUGCACCCCUCACAUGUCAUUUAUUAAAGUUUACGCUAAGAAUCCGA